AUGAAGAUUCUACCACUCGCUCUGUACACCAGCCUUCUCGUCUGGGAGCUUGUCUCACUGGUCACAUGUUUCCCUGUGCUGGUUCGGAGGAAUCGGGACCUUCGUAUUCUGGGGGGCUCUAUCGCAGCUCCUCAUUCCGUCUCGUACAUAGUUUCUCUGCAGACCGAAGGGAAGCACUUCUGCGGAGGAGUCCUCAUUCACAAAUACUGGGUGCUCACGGCUGCGCACUGCAACCUGGGGCUGAGAGGCAUGCUGAUUGUCGGGGGAGAGAACCUCUUGGGUCAGCAGGAGGGGUCAGAGAGAACUGCUCACGCACUCAGACUGGUCCCUCAUCCUCACUACAACAACAAAACCAACGACAACGACAUCAUGCUUAUCGAGCUCUCCAUGUCCUUGGUGGAGAGUGGCGUGGGGUCCUUGGUGGCUCUCCCUAAAGCGGGCUCUGUCCUGGAGGAGGGCCGACUGUGCAAGGUGUCCGGCUGGGGCUCCACGUCUCUGAGGUCCCGGUUCCGAGCUUCCCUUUCGCUGCGCACAGUCCAGGUCUCUGUGUUCUCCACCGCAGAGUGCAACAGCAGCCAGUCCCACAACGGGAACAUCACGGAGAACAUGGUUUGUGCCGGCUCCAGCGCUGGAGGGAAGGAUGCAUGUGAGGGUGACUCUGGGGGGCCCCUGGUGUGCGACUCCCAGCUCUUUGGUCUCGUGUCUUGGGGCCAGUCUUGUGGAGAGGCCCGGUUCCCAGGAGUCUACACGGCAGUCUCCAAAUACAAGCACUGGAUUGAAGACACAAUCUCCCACCGGCCCUGCCCCACGCCCACUUGA